AUGGACACGUCGUCAACCCUCGCGACGAGCGCCACCCCGACAAUUCCCGCCGAACAGCUUGCCGCACUUACAUCGCUGCUGUCGGGACUCACCGCUGCCGCUUCCGGCACUACCGCACCCGCCACGACAUCCGGCUCCAAUCGCAAUGCCUUCCCGAAGCAUGCGCGGUUGGACGGGCCGAAGACGUUCGCGAACUGGACACGCCAGCUUCGCCUGUGCCUAGCGGACGACAUCCGCUCCUACGUCCUCGACGGAAUCACCCCCGACGAUUGGACGCCUUCGCAACGCUCCGCCCGCGACGUCGUGGCACGCGAGAUCCUUGCAAACUCAAUCGACUCGGCGAAGUCUCGGCAGUCCUCGACAAGAUCCCUACGGCCGACCUCACAGCGCCCAAGAUUACUCGACGCUGAAAUCGCGAUACGCCCCUGA